AGUCCUCACUUUUCUCUCCUUGUUCACCAGAGAUCAGACUUAGAGACUGAAUCCUCGGGACAUUUCCUCUGGCCUCCAUUCGCUCCUGUCCACAAAUUCAGGAUCUCUUGGUUGGUGUCUGAAGGUGUGAGAACAAUUUAGAAGGCAGACUUUGGAGGAAUUGAAAAGAAAACACCCUUCGUUCUGUCACACAGGUACCUGAGCAGGAGUGUCAGGAGUCAGGACAGACAGACAGAAUCACAGCAACAAUGGCCUCAUCAGUCCUAGUGAUGAUCAAGGAGGAGGUGACCUGUCCCAUCUGCCUGGAGCUCCUGAAGGAACCUGUGAAUGCCGAUUGUGACCACAGCUUCUGCCGAGCCUGCAUCACACUGAACUACGAGUCCAGCAAAGGCAAAGAAGGGGAGGGCAUCUGCCCUGUGUGCCGAGUGAGUUACCUGUUUGGGAAUCUAAAGCCUAAUCGACAAUUGGCCAACAUAGUGGGAAAGCUAACAGGGUUCAAGUCCAGCCCAGAGGAGGAGCAGAAGGUGAAUGUCUGUGCACAACAUGGAGAGAAACUCCAGCUCUUCUGUGAGAAGGACAUGGUGGCCAUCUGCUGGCUUUGUGAGCGAUCUCAGGAGCACCGUGGUCACCAAACAGCUCUCAUUGAAGAGGUGGCCCAAGAGUACAAGGGGAAGCUCCAGGCAGCUCUGCAGGAACAGAAGGCAAAUGAGAAAAGAUGUGAUGAGUGGGAAGAUGAUCUUAAAGAGGAGAGAACUUGCUGGAAGAACCAAAUACAGAGUGAUGUAGAAAAAGUUCAGAUGGAGUUUAAAGGACUUCGGGAAUUCCUAGACUCCAAGGAGAAGAAUGAGCUGCAGAAACUGAAGCAGGAGGAGCAAGACAUUAUGAACAGCCUGGCAGAGUCUGAAAGUGAGCUGGUGAAGCAGAGGGAGUCAGUGAGAGACCUGAUCUCAGAUGUGGAGCAUCACUUGCAGUGCUCAACCAUGGAAAUGCUGCAGGGUAUGAAUUCUGUCCUAACAAGGAGUCAGACCUUAAGACUGAAACAGCCUGAUAUGGUCCCAAGAAAACAGAGAAGGCUCUUCCAAGCUCCAGAUCUGAAUGGCAUGCUGCAAGUGUUUCAAGGCCUCAUGGAUGCCCAAAAAUACUGGGUUCAUGUGACCCUGAAUCAAGUCUGCAAUAAAAACAUUGUCAUUGAUGAGGACAAAGAGAAAUACAUCAAAAUGUUAAGAGUAAAAAUUCACAGAAUUCUAAGACCUAUAAGUUGGGUGUGCUGGGAUAUCCAGCUAUCUGCUCAGGGAAACAUUACUGGGAAAUAGACGUGUCUAGAAGUGAUUCCUGGCUCCUGGGAUUAAAUGAUGGAAGAUGCAUUCGACCCC